GCAAGGCCCAAAGUUGCAGCUCACUGCCGGCUCCUCCUCCGUCAACAUCGCUUCCGCCGUAGUCAGAUUCUCCUCCGUCCGUCGCAUCGAACUCAACAAAGCAGAUCUAACAUAGCCUUUAUCAAUUUCAACGUCCAUUCUCGCACCAGAGGUUGAGCGAUCGCUGCAAAGCCAUUAUUAUUGUUUCUUUCAGGCUCCAGGGCUCGCUAUCACCACAAGGUAUAUAUAUAUAUAUAUCACUUUCCCUCAUCCACCAGAUGUAGUGUGAACUGAAUAAUGAAUUGCGAGCUAAUGAUGGUCUUCCCCGCAAAGUCGUUUACUUUGAGAUGCCAUAUCUUGUGGAUUGAUCAAAGUCUGAAGCUUUAUGGCAACUUGUGUUGUGGGUGUCUCUCUUUCCUUCAAGCAGCCAUGACAUGAGCUUCGAUUACCCUGAUUAUGAUGCAUUACCUUGUACUGCUACAUUAGUGUGCACAACAUCUGGAAUGAAAGAUCAUGAAAUUGGGGAAGGAAACUAACUAUUAGAGAAGCAGAUCCGGCUACAGGCUGUUCCUGGCCUGUUCUAUCUAUGCAUCGUUCCAGUGAAUAGCUUGCGAGAAAGGAGUAUCUGCGAGGGUUUGAGAUUGUGCAUGCAUCUAUAACCUUGAUCUUGUCCAAGCUUGGGUUUCCUGGCUGCAAGGGUUAGUACUGCAUGCAAGGGUUUCCUGGCCAUUGAUAUUUGCAUUUUGCAAAGCCGAGUCUUGGAGGAGGCAUCGGACUUGUUCAUAUGUUCUUCAUUUAAUCCCUCAUGGUAAUCAUUAUAAGGACUCUUUUACUUUGUUUCGAAGAGUACUCCGAAUUACAGAUGAUUGAUUGCAUCUGGUGUUCUCUCACUGUAGCACUGAAAACAUUUGCUGAAACUGCUACCAAUGACACCGAAUCCGGUUCUUAAUGCUCUAUUAGAUGGUCUGCUUUUUAGUUAGAUCUUGUUCACGGGAGAGUAUGUAUUGUUGCCGUAUUUGGAUUCUUACAAUGGUUGCUAGAGUUUCCUGAUGAUGAAACUAAAAUUUCUGUGGAGUAUUCUUGUAGUGAGUCCUAAAUCGUAGUUAGCAUCAUCCCCUUCUCACGUCACAGUUAUUAUUUGUUAGUAUCAAUCCAGAACCGAGCAGAAAGAACAUCUGCAACUCUCUAUCUGCAUGGAAAAUCCCUAUCAUCCUAUAAAAUAGAAGGCCGAGUGUAGCUCUUGGAUUCUAUAACUAGUAACUGAACGGCUGGUAAGCACAAGUUUGGAGAACAAUCUCAAACAUAUCUAGGUGUUUGAUAACUUGGGUGCAUGCAUGCAUGCUUUGUUUUGCCUGUUUCUACCUGUGUUUCUCUGCAGCGGUUUAUUGAUUGUCGUCAGUCCUUGUGUGUAAAAGGAAGUUCAACUUGAAUUAACUGGUAUCUUUUAUUGUGAAAUGAUCAAGUAUUGCAUUCAGUCUCAGGACAUUUGACAACUUUGGAUGGCUGCUACUGAAGGGGAGGAGUACGAUCCAGGGAGGGAUGAGCUUGCUGACUCCCUCAAUGAUCUCUUCAUUAGCAUCUGCUCUAUGGUGAAAGGAGAGCUGCAGGGGACGAAUAAUUCUCUCGCACUUCUCGAGAAGUUGAACCUAAGAGUAGCUGAAGAGUACGAGAGCUUUGGAGAUCUGGCUUCGGGCCUGAAAGUUUUCGUCGAGCAGUUGAAGACUAAAAGCGGCAGCUUUGAUAUGUAUGUUCAACAGAUUGAUGCAAUAGAGCAGCAGGUGACUGAGUUUGAAGCUGUGAUCUCUAUGCUUGACAAAUACGUUUCUUUGUUAGAAUCCAAAGUGCAAUCUGUGUACCAGCAACAUCAUCCACCCUCUUAAGUCACCUAAACUCUGUUUUCUGCUGUCAUUCUUUCAAUUUGUCCAAGUAAGUUUGCAAGCUCACUGGUGUGGCAAUUGCAUCUAUUCAUUUUCUGGUACUAGAGACCAUUAAGUUGUGGUAAAUCGAACUGUGGAGUUAAAUUACAGCAUCAAGAAGAACUACAACUAUGCAAGAAAUAUAGAGAAGCCAAACUG